AAUCUCCGACCCCCCCCUUACCACUUCUUGGUCGAAUUGGCGUGGAAUGCCCUAGGACAUAGUUGUUAACAAUUUGUUGUCGUCUAGCCUAAAUUUUGUAAAUAUACAAUAAGUAUUUUAAAAAAAAAUUUCCAACAUGCAUUUGCACUGAUCUCUUCUUCCUUCCUUCAAACCGCAAAGAUGAUCGCAGACAUCUUCGAUUUGCGUCAUUCGUGAACUUUUGAUGAGCUACACUUGCAUUCAAAUUUUAAAAAUAAACAAAGACGUCCAACAGCGCUACUUUUGAUCGACUUGUCAUAAAACAGUAGUCAUAAAUAUUCCUGUAAGUAUGUCAAUGUACAUAUAUGUAUCAUUAGUACAACCAAGCUAUAAGUUUUUUUUCGCGAUUCAAUCGAACGAAAGACAGUAUAUAAGAAAGAGAGAAAACACACGAAGCCAACGCCUAUAGAGCUAGUCUACGAGUAGAUAAUUAAGCCGUCAAAACAAGUAAUUAUUUCUCGAGUGACUAUGAAUCGGGAGUGAGUACCUAAUUGGUGUUUUAUAACUUUUCAAUUAUUUAGUUAGUUAGAUAAACGUACUCGACUACUCGUGUAUAACACUAUCGCGAACCCCUCUCGUCAUAGCACCAAGUUAUAUGUAUCGUUGGGGAUAACGUUAAACGCUUACAUCGAUACAAUCGAUCCAUUGUGUAUGUUCGGGCCAGUUGAUCGAGUGUUUGAAAAAAAAGAAAAAAAAUUUUAUAAUAAAGUUAUUGUGAACCUUCAACCUACAGAUAUAAAGGUACGGUUAUUUGACAAAAUACUUAAAUUUUUUCUCUCAAAAUGGACGAGACGGUUUAUUCGUACGAAUACGGUCGCGAAAAUGAAGCUAGAUUUUGGUUUUCGAAACGUUUCUUCGUAGCUGUGAUGAUGUUUUUCGGUACUAUAAAUACAUUCGCAUUGAGCGCGAAUUUAAAUAUUGCUAUCGUAGAAAUGACCAGUCCUAAAACAACGACUUUACAUAAUGAGACAAUCGUUCACGCCCCAGAAUUCGACUGGGAUUCUCGAACCAAAGGUCUCAUCUUGGGAGCAUUUUCCUACGGCAUCGCCGCAUCUAUAUUUGGGGGCUACUUGGCGAUGAAAUUUGGAGGAUCGACCAUCAUAGGCGCAGGAGUAGCUAUCACCGCCAUAAUAACGAUUUUCAAUCCGUCCAUUAUUCGGUACAGUUUCCAUUUGUUUUUGAUAGCUCGAGCCAUCGAAGGUGUAGUCGAGGGAUUCGCUAUCGUUAGCUUCACCGAACUGUGGACUCAAUGGGCUCCGGUGCAAGAUAGAUCUAGACUGAUGGCCAUUGGAUUUAGUGGAAUGUAUGCGGGGACAGCGAUCGCGUAUCCGGUGUGCGGAUUCAUUAUGCACGAGUACGGAUGGCCUGCUGCUUUUUAUUUAACUGGUGGAUCAGCACUCAUAUGGUCAAUCCUAUGGAUCCUUCUGAUACCAAACAGUCCAUCAUCAGAUAAAUGUAUUUCUCAAAAAGAGCUCAAAUACAUCAUUAAUAAUCAAAUAUCGAGGGAGCCGCCAAAAAAUGUAUGGCGGCUUUGUAUGAGCAUGCUGAGAUCCAAAUGUGUCCUAGCACUUUGCACGACCAAAUUCACAUAUGGUGUUGGCUUUUCCAUCGUUGUCACGUGUUUUCCCAUGUACAUUAAAGACAUGACUAAUGCAGAGAUCCACAAAGUUGGUAUAUUUUCUUCACUUCCAAAUAUAAUCAGCGCAUUUACAGUUCCAAUUGUAGGAUACAUAGCUGAUUACCUUCAUAAUAAAAACAUUCUAAAUAUUACGCAGAUCCACAAGCUAUUCAUGUGUGGCGCUUUCGUACUCGGAGCUGUGCUGUUAUUCAUUAUAAGCUCAAUUUCAGCGAAUUUUAUAGCCUCUAUGAUAUGUUUCAUGUUAUUUAAAAUAGCCCUAUCGACCAACUACGUUAUCUCGCAAUUAUGUUGCGUAUCGAUUGCUCCGAAAUGUUCCAGUGUGGUUUUUGGAUUCCUAACUAUUUUUUAUACGCUUAGUUCGAUCGCUAGUCCAAUGCUGAUUGGUUUAGUGGUCACAAAUCAUAGUGAGGCUCAAUGGAACACUUGUUUUACUCUGAGUGCUGCGUUACUUCUGAUAGGAGCGAUUACCUAUUUAUUAUUUGGCUCCAGUGAUCCUCAACCUUGGUCUUACUCUGCUGUUCCAGUGCAUUUGAGUCGUAAUGAGAUACAUUGAAAUAAAAGCUUUAAUUUAUUUUGUA